GCAGAGAGAGGGAGUGACAAAACAAAGUGCAGAAUAGAGAUCAGAGGGGAAGGAAAAUUAUCUUGGUGGGGAAAGGAAGGGGGAGGAGAGCCUAAGUGACCUCAGUAUGAAGUGCUGAAAUUUAUUUUAUUGGAUCUCGCCCCCUGGGUUUCAAGGGGAAAUAAAAAAAGGGAAAGCACAAAGGGAGACGCGCUGGGUGAACUAAUUCCCAUCUGUGCACAAAUGUCUUUUGCCAUGCUGAGAUCUGUCCCUAGUCGCUGCCUCUACCCGGAGAUCAGCAUGCUGUCAGAAGGAGAUGAGGAACUCGACAGCGAGAGCUCGGGUUCGGAGACAUCCUUCAGUCUGGGACCUUAUGGUGGAGGAGGAGGAAAGAGGAAGAGGAAAGCCAGGGUAUCGGGAGUCAUUAGACAGAGACAAGCCGCAAAUGCCAGGGAGAGAGACAGGACCAACAGCGUCAACACAGCGUUCACGGCACUCAGGACCCUCAUUCCCACCGAGCCUGCCGACAGGAAACUGUCCAAAAUAGAGACCCUGCGGUUGGCUUCCAGUUACAUCUCGCACCUGGACAACGUGUUGCUGCUGGGAGAGGCUGGGGAUGGACAACCCUGUCACACGAGCACGUCCAGCUACUACCCUGGCAGCAGAGUCACCGAGACAGAGAGCAACCAGCCCAAACAGAUCUGCACCUUCUGUCUGAGCAACCAGAGGAGAAUGAACAAAGACCGAGACAGAAAGAGCACGAUUCGAAGUUAACAAAGAUGUCAGCAACCCAGCCCACGGACUUUGCGAGCUGGCGGCAGACACACAGGGGAGCAACGAGCAAGACUGCGCCCCGCAGGAAGAGAAACAAAA